GUUAGCGUUACCCUGUCAAAAGAAGUGACCUGGCCCACACCAGACCACCACGGAAAAUGGCGACUGUGAAAUAGAUGGAAGACGAAAGUAAGAAAUUAUUCAAUGCAGCGAAUAAAUCGUUCCCUGUCUCCUUCUACGCCCCUCAGAGGUCAUGGCAGCUGAAAUGUCAUGUCUGACAGGUGUUGAUGAAGAUGACAAAGAUGCAGAUCCUGAGAUCAAUGCACUUUCACUUCUGCAAGAGCCUAUGAGAAUGGAGCAAGACUCAGGCUCUUGCACCAAAUCUUUUGGCAGUUCUUCACUGAAACAGAACAAUAUCCUAGAUGUUCUGUCCAAUGCAGAAAUGUUGUCUCCAGUUGGGCUCGGUAAUGGACCUUCUUCACAUCAGGCUACAAAAGCCAGUGAACUCAAUAACAUCUCCAUAGAGAAAGAAGAAGAGAAGAGCAUCACACAACUAAAAACAGUGCAGGAAAUCGACCCAGCAGGAAUUUGGGGUUUUGAUGUAGACUCACCUGGGGACUCGUUGGAUAAUUUUAGUAGUGCUAGUGAUCUUCAAUGGGACCCUCACAAAGAGUUUAUGCAGUUUCUUUGGGAUAACCAUGGUGAUUCCCCAGGAGAGGAACCUAAAGAUGACAUCCUCCCAACUAACAACCAAAGGAGAAGAAAACGUAAAAUGGAUAUGGUCGUCAUGGUGGAUCCUUCAGAAGACCUUUACCCUGGUCUGAGCCACAGGUCAUCUGAGGAACUGUCUGAUGCUGAAGAAACAGGAGACUCUCUUCCUGGCAGGAAAGUUCGAACAUCAAGGACAUUUACCAAAUCACAGCCUGCAUCAACAGGGAAAGUUUCCAAGUAUCCCAAUGGAACAGUAAAGGCCAUCAAGGAAAUUCUAAACAAUGUACCUACAAGAAAUUCCCAUGAGAACAGUGUGGAUCAUGGAUUCUCACCAUUAAAAGGAAGUCUCACUCUAAAUUCCCAUGCAGAAGAGAAGCACUCAUGUUACCCUUGUUCAAAAUGUAAGCUUAUGUUCAAGAAGGAACAUCAUUUACAACGUCAUAUGAAGUCUCAUAUUGACACUCCAAAUAUUUCACCAAAGUCUUUUAUAUGUCGUGAAUGUGGGCAGUCUUUCAGACAAAGUGGUUCACUUAUUGAGCACAUGUCCAUACACAAGGAGAAAAAAUCAAGCCCCACUGAAGAUAUCAAGAAGAAAGAGGAUAAAAAUGCAAAGCUUUGUUGCCCUCAGUGCGCAUUUGAGACAAGCUGCCCAAACACAUUUGUUCAACAUGCAAAAACACAUGAGAAGGAGAAGAGAAAGUUCAGAUGCGAAAGAUGCGGCUUCAGGACUAUAAAUGAGAAUGAUCUUAGGAGACAUAAUAUUAUGGAGCACACUUUCCUUACCGUUAGAAAGCCGAACCUAACUCUCACCUCCUCUAAAGCCAACUCUGAAUUCUUUUCUUGUAAAAUUUGUUCUUAUAACGUUUUUAGUAAAAGUGUUUUUAAGAAUCACCUUCUGCGGCGUCAUCAGCAAACCUUUGAUGAGUAUGAAGCUGCUCAGCCUACUGUGAGAAACGCACAAUCGCCGAAGGGGCAGCAUGUUCACAUAUCGACUAGUCCUGUAGAAGAUGCAGAGUUUACAUCGAAAAUCUCCAUAAAAAAUCAGAUCUCUCCGAAAAGAGCUUCCUCGACGAGUGAGCCUAGUGGCAUUUCAGACUUAUUCAGAAAUACCAAGAGAAGUCUCAAGUCUCAACUAGCAGAAUCAAAGCUCGACAAGUCCAUUAACGUUCUCUUGUCCCGACAAAGACAUGAGAAAAAGAAUCUUGAACAUAAAAAGGAAAGUAACAACGGCUGCACAUCUGUUCAGGAUUCCAUAUGUGAAAAAGAUGACGCUACUCAAUUGCCAGGUUCAAUGAAAGUCGAAGUGGAAGACUCAGUUUUGUUCUCCGAUGACCUUGGCUCUCCCUCCAGUGCUGCUGAAAGUGAUCUCAGUGACCACAGUGUACCCAAGAUGAGGCUAGAUCAGUCAGUGGUGAAAAAGUCACCAUCAAAGCGUAAAAUGUCAACUCCAUAUCGUAACACCUCAGACAAAGACUCAUGCUUCAUCUUACCAAAACCUUUGCCAAGCCCUAAGAAAAUAAACCAAGAAGAUGAAGAGGAAGAUGAUGAAGACAAAGACAUUUUUCAAGAUACAAAUGUUGAAAUGAAAUGUUUUGACAAUGGCAUCAAGAAAGAAAAACAAAACAUCAUUUACACCUAUAGCAGAAGAAUGUCUAUGAGGGGUGCUCUACAAGCAUCUAAAAGACUGUUUGAGAAAAUAAAAACAGAAGAGCAAGAACAGAAUGACCCUGAAAUUAAAGAGGAAUGCAUAGAAGAAGAAGUAUAUAAAGAAACAUUGGACUCUCACCAAAUACCACUGGGAGAGUCCUUCACAGGUGAUUUGUCAGACUUGGACUCAGACCGCAAAAACUGUCCCUACUGCCCUGCAGUAUUUGAGUCAGGGGUUGGAUUGUCCAAUCAUGUCAGAGGACACCUUCAUAGGGUGGGACUGAGCUACAAUGCACGCCAUGUAGUGCCUCCUGAGCACGUGGCUUCUCAAGACAGGAGGCCACGAAUUCGACGUAAGAUUUCGGCAUUCCGAAGAUUGAAGAAAGCAUUACGACUAGAAUCCAAUUCUGAUAAUGUGAAGAGUAUGCACUCCUGUCCGUUAUGUGGGGACACCUUUGAUAAUAGGACUGGACAGUCCAACCACAUUCGAGGACACCUCAAAAAGCUUGGUAAAAGCUUUGCGACGAAGAACAAAUCCCCAUUGUUUUUACUGCGGGAGUUGAUGCGAGACAAGAAGGAGUUUCAACGGGCCCUUCAGAUUUUAGGAAAGAGACGAAACCAUUUCCAAUAUGGCUCGUCACCAAAGCUGUCCAGUGUCGAUUGUUUCACACUCUCCCCCCUUGGAAUGUCGAAAAGUAAUUCUGUUGCAAAAGAUUGCACUGAUGCCAAACCACUGAUGCCAACGUUCUCUUUAGCUGAAAUGGAGUCUGAAAAACGUCAGAUAGAGACUAAGAUGGAUGUUAAACAUUCACUUUCGGGCACAACUGACCUGAUAGGUAUUCUGAAGAAGAGGAAGUGUCAGGAAGACAACAGAAUAAAGGGGUCUUCUCAGAUGUCAAAGACCUUAUUAACCCUUUCUUCCAACGAUGAGCACAGUUCAGGAUCAAGAGUUGCAUCUUCACUGCCGCACUCAGAAAAAGGUGAAUUCAACAGGAAGGUGUGCGUCCAUUGCAAUGCAACUUUCCACAGCGGGGUUAGCUUGUCUAAUCACCUGCGGGCAUAUGCAAAACGAAAAAGGAACGCAAUGAUGGAGGGAACCACAUUUGACUGUAAAGCAAGGAGGCAGCGCUCAAGGCCUGGUCCCAAAAAGAAGACACUGCCCUUACCGCAAACUCCAGAGGAAAUAUACAGACUCACUUGCAGGUUCUGUGACCUCGUCUUCCAGGGUCCCUUAUCGGUCCAGGAAGACUGGAUUAAACAUUUACAGAGACAUAUUAUGAACACUAGUGUCCCUCACACUGGGCUGGGUAUGGUAGAGGUCACUUCGCUGCCCACGGAACCCCCAACUCCCAAGACUGACCAAGACAGCUCUCAGACAGCCACACAUGCUGCUUCAUGAGGCCAAUGGGGACCUUUUUAGACUUUGUUAGGCUGUAUGUGUAUGUACAAUGGUUGUUCUUUCACUUUUUUAAGUCAAUCAAAUACUGGCCAAAAGUACAAUAUUGCUCAAAGCUAGAGAUAUUGUAUGUGUUUGGACAAUAAAUUCAAUUAUUUUGGAUAUUGUUACCUUUUUUUGUUUUUACAUGGUCCAUUUCUUGGAACACCGUUCCUGAUGGACGACUGCUUUCUUGUUUUAUGCAGUAAUGUAGUGUGGAAUCCAUUUCUAAUGAAGACAACUUUUACCUCAGAUUUCUCAUAGUUUGAGUCGUUUUUUGUCAAAAUUUGGGAGCACCUGUUCUGUACCAAUAUUCACAUUCAUAAGAUACUUGGAAGUAUGUUUUUUUUUUGUAUUGAAUCGUGUUUGGAUUAAAGGUUCGUUCUCCUUUUUACUGAGUUACUGAGAUUAAUAUUCUGACUGAAAAUGAUGGCGCCUGAAAUCUAACCGUUUUGAAGAUCUCAAAAGAUCUACUAUACACGAACAAAAUGUUUAUGAAGUUGUUAUGCAUAGAAAGUGUUUCAUAUUAUUUCAGUAACUGCAUUGUUUCUAAUACAAAACGAAAUCUGAAAGACCUAACAUGCACAGCCUGUGCUGACAGUGCCCAUCAUGUCAUCUAUAUUUAAUGUUUAAAUAUACUGUUUUGAAAUAAUUUAAUUUUAAAUGUACUAUAUCACACAGAUACAAUGCUUAAAACAUUUGUGUUCUAAAUAAAAAAAGCAAGAAAACUA